CUCGGUGGUUUGGCCCGACCUGGCCUACCGGACCUGCUGGAUGGAUCCUGGCGUGGCCAAGGCUCGGCAGAGCUCCUGGCACCGCCUCCUCCCAGCUGUCUCCCGUAGGUGGGGGAAGGCAGGACUGACGCCCAGUUCCUCUGUAAAAUGAGAAUAGAAGUUAACCUCUGCCUACAGAAUUGCCGAGAUGUUUUCAGACUUAAAUGUAAAGUACCUGGGAGAGAGUGAAGCCCAUGAUUUUCCUCCAGCUACUCUGGUGGGUCCGAAGAUGACAACACGGCAAGAAGUCCUGAUCCUCUACCGAAGCAUUUUCAGGCUUGCACGGAAAUGGCAGGCGGCAUCAGGGCAGAUGGAAGACACCAUCAAAGAAAAACAGUACAUACGAAAUGAAGCCAGAACACUGUUCCAGAAAAACAAAAAUCUCACAGACCCAGAGCUGAUUAAACUAUGUAUACAGGAAUGCACAGCCAGAAUUGAGAUUGGACUGCAUUACCAGAUCCCUUAUCCACGGCCAAUUCAUCUGCCUCCAAUGAGUCUCAUCCCACUACGAGGGCGGAGACUUCAAACCCAGGAGAAACUGAGAAAACUUUCCAAACCAUUGUAUCUGAAGUCUCAUGAUGAAGUUUCCUAACAUGGAGGACAGUUUCCUUUGAGAACAGCAAGCCUAUUCAGUUUUGAAUAUAAACCAGGCAAUAUACCCUUUUUGAUUAGAAGCAAAAACAUGUCCUUCAAACUUACAAAAUUGGUCCUCACCCUAUGACAUGUGGCUGCUAGCAUCCCUAGGGUUUUUCAGGGUCUUGUUGCUACGUGAACUGAUGACUUUGACCCUAGAGGUCAUGGACUUAUAUCUUCACUGAAGUCAUCCUUGGGAACAGUCUAAGGCCUGUGGAGGAAGGCUGAAGGCAAUUCCUGAGACUGCCUUUCAGCACACAUCUACUGAUGCAAACGGGUUAACUAGUUGCUACAAGUUCACAUGCCUCCAGAACUAUGCUGCUCCCAAAACACUUUCUAGGGAUUUUUCCACAAGUUCUUUUCAUUUGCUGAAGUGGUUUCUGUAUAGUCCUUUUUUGUCCUUUUUUUUUUUUUUGGUCUCCUGACUAUUGUAAUUUCCAGAUAUACUCCCUUAAUAAAGAACAGCUUUGGACUGAUCACA